AAUCACCAAAAAACAGUUGUUUUUCAUUGAUGUCAGCGUAAACGAAGCCAGGAAUAGUUUUCGCAACUCUUCUGAAGAUAAGAUCUAUUGAUUGGGAUGCAAUUUUUCGACAUGAAAUGGCUUUGAAAACAAGUUUGAAGUUGCGGCUUCCAUACCAGGUGCACAGCUACGCACAAACUCUUCAAGCCUUCAAAUUCUCGACCCAGGAAAACAACGACCGGAGCAAUUACAGAAAAUCAAUUUACAAAAAUGUCGUCGGAGCCACUUUUGUCGGAGUGGCGAGUUUCGCCCUCUACAGAUACCUCGAAGAUGAAAAGAAAGUUUUAGCCGCAACCGAGGAAAUAACUCAAUCAGGAAAUGUGAAGGAAGGUUUGCCCUUUUACUCCUUGGACGAGAUCAGAAAACAUGACAGCAAGGAGAAGAAAAUAUGGAUCACUUACAAACAGGGUGUUUACGAUAUAACGGAAUUCAUCCCGAAGCAUCCCGGCGGAGGAGAAAAGAUAAUGAUGGCCGCAGGAGGGUCUGUCGAUCCUUUCUGGAUGAUCUACGGAGUGCACAGAAACCAGGACAUCCUGAACAUGUUGGAGCAGUACAGGAUUGGAAACUUAUCCGAGGAGGAGUCAAAGAUUUCCGUGCAAGACAUGUCUGAUCCGUACGCCUUUGAGCCCCGCAGACACCCUGCCCUUCAGCCCCGAUCGCUCAAACCCUACAACGCCGAACCUCCUUUGAAACUCCUGGCAGACAAUUUCAUCACUCCGACAGAGCUGUUCUUUGUCAGAAAUCACCUGCCUGUACCUGAAAUCGACAUUGCCACUUACGAAAUUGAAAUCGAAGGUGUCGGACUGAAACCCAUCAAGUUGAAUUUGGAAAAACUGAAGAAAUUCAAAAGGCACACAGUGACGGCUGCGGUCCAGUGCUCGGGAAAUAGAAGAAGUGAAAUGAUUGAGGUCAAACCUGUCAAAGGUCUGAGUUGGGGUCAGGCCGCGAUCGGAAACGCCACUUGGACCGGAGUUCGACUCCGAGAUGUCCUUCUCGCCGCCGGUUUGAAGGAAGACCCAAAAGGAGUUGAACACAUUCAGUUUGAAGGGCUGGACACGGAUCCGUCGAUGAAUCCGUACGGAGCUUCGAUUCCAAUUGAAAAAGCGCUGGAUCCAAAGGGAGACGUCCUGCUGGCUUUUGAAAUGAAUGGUCAGCCUCUGACCAAGGACCACGGCUAUCCUGUCAGGGUUGUCGUACCUGGCGUCACCGGCGCUCGAAAUGUUAAAUGGCUAGGGAAAAUAAUUGUUUCCGGGAAGGAAAGCGAUUCGCAUUGGCAGCAGAAUGACUACAAAGGAUUUUCGCCAAGCACGGACUGGGACACGGUGGAUUUCAGUUCUGCGCCGGCCAUUCAAGAGCUGCCUGUGAUUUCGGCCAUCUGCGAUCCCAUCCAAAACGAAAAGGUCAAGCCAGUCAAUGGAAAAAUCCCAAUCCGAGGCUAUGCGUGGUCUGGCGGUGGCCGGAAAAUAGUCAGGGUCGAUGUGACCUGGGACCAGGGUAAGACGUGGAGUGUGGCCACCUUGGAGCAGGAGGAGGCCAAACACCCCCACCACUGGGGUUGGUCUCUGUGGAAGGUCGAGGUCCCAGUUCCGCAAAACGCUGACAAGAUCGAAGUUUGGGCCAAAGCCGUGGACUCGCAGUACAACUCUCAGCCGGAGAGUUUCGCAAACAUCUGGAACCUGAGGGGCGUCCUGAGCAACGCCUACCACAGGGUCACAGUCAACAUCGACAAAGGCAAGAAGUGAAAAGGUUAAAAUCAAAUUUUGGUGUAAAACGGGAAUAUUUUUAAUUGUUUGUUAAUAAUUUUCUUUUCAUCCGAAGCUUUUCAAGAAGCUGAAUUUCAAGUGGUGCUCUUUAGAGAUUGAAAGAUACAAAAAGCCGUUCUUGGUUGUGGUAAAAUCGCAAUAAAAAGCUUUAUUUUUAUACACACAA